AUGAAUUCGGAAUUAUCGAAUACGAUAAAUCCUGGAAAGGAUGGAGAUGUCACAAGACAAAUAAAAAAUGAAAUAAAUGUUGUUCCAGUUUUAGUCGAAAGUUCAUCCAGUUGUAUAAUGACGCUGGAAAGCACGAGCUACGUUACCGUGGAGGGUGGACGAUACGCUGGAGAUUUUAGCAGUUAUCUUCGUGAUAGAGAAAAAUCCGAAUAUCACAGUCAGGAUCAAUUGUAUACUCUUUCACAAAGAUUUGAUCCUCCGGGAAAUGUCACACUACAGGAUGUAUCCCCUAAAAUUGUGUCGUCUGAUGAUGAACAACAAAAUAAUUUAAGGCAAAAUAUUGAUAGUGCGGAUGGAACGGAAGUUCAAGAUGGGAAAAAUUAUAAACGUAAGUUAAAUGUUGAAAAGUUAAUAAAUAAAAAUGGGGGAAAAUUAUUAUUUAUUUUAUUUAUUUUUUCAGCAUUAAACGUUUGUAUUUAUUUAAUGUCGAAAAUUGCACUUCAUAUGGAACUAGAAGAUGGUAUAAAUUGUACCGCUCACGAUAUGAUACAAGCCAUUUUACAGGAGGAAGAACUCGGAUUGCCAAGAAGUGCCGGAAAUGUUUUUUCAUUAUGGAUGUGUUCUGGAUUAGUCGAACUUCAGUUAAAACCUCAUCACAGACCCUACGAAAUAAGGCAAAGAUGGUUUGAAUUAGUUGAAAGAUUUAGUAACGCAUCGGAUUCGCGUAAGAGAAGAGAUGAACCCUCGCUCUCGUAUCAAAGAAAUGUUUUCCUGUUGAAAAAAGACGAAGAACAAAUAAAGGAUCAAAAAAUUUUAGAACUUUUAUACGAGGAAUCAAAAUAUAAUAUUUUAGAAGGGAGGUAUCCGUGCGAGAUGAUGCAUUACAUUUCUCUGGGAGCCAUUCAAGCUAAAAUCGAAUUGGGACCGUAUAAUCCUCAAAUUCACACGAUACAAUUUUUCAGAGAAAAUCAAAGAAGGUUUUUACCGGGUCACAUAAUAAAAACGGCUUGGUCUUGGCUUAGAAUAAGUGGUAAAAAUUCACCGGAAGUCGGUUUGUUGGAACAAUAUAAGAAAAUCCCACCGACGACUCCCGUUAAAAAAUUAGUACAAAAAUAUUUGGCUUUUUGUUGGACGCUACCAUUUUACGGGAGUGCUUUUUUCCAAGGACAAGUUGAACAACCCGUCAGAGGUUUGACGUCACUCAUAACUCAUCAGGAUCUGCUCGUUUUAAUUGCCAUAAACAGUCAGGGUGUUUACAUAAUAGAUCACAUUCAAUGCACUCUUUUACUCGGAUUAAAAUACAAAGAUAUGUCUUGGGAUUAUGCUAAACCCUCACAGGAAAAUAAUCCGGAUUGUCUUCCAUGUUUAUUCAUACAAUUCAUCGUAUUGGAAAAUGGUACGAGAGUAUCGAAAAUUUUACAAGUUUUUUCAAAACAGGCUGUGAUGAUGGACACGCUCAUAUCGACGUUCGUUGAAGAAAGUAAAAGGAUAUCGGACGAUUUGGACGGAAGUAAUAACACUUCGACGGGUGAUAACGACGAAGCACAAAUGCCGUUAAAUGCGAGAAGAGAUUUGGGACCAUCUUGCCUUUGUAAUAAAUUAAGCAAAUUAACGUUGGCAACAUUUGACGACGAUGGUACUUUCGGUUCUGCAUAUCUUGCAAAGGAAAGUUUUCUUCCCGUCAUUGCAUCGGUAAAUCCGGAUCGUGGUCAUUUAGUUACUGAACGAAGAAAUAAUUACAAAAUGAUUAGAAAAUGCAUACAGAGAACGGAUAAAGGUGAAGACUGUUAA